AAUAUGGAAAGUACUUUCCAACUUUAAAAUUUAUUCAAAAGUAUAAACUUGAACAUUCAAAUAAUCAUAAAUACCAAGGUUCUAAUUCCAACCUUUCACUUUCUAAUUCUGCAAUGUAUAAAGAUUUUGUUUACUUACAAGAAUUGUGUGAAGAAAUUGAGUUUAAACGAAGCUUUUCUGAUAGUGAGACUCUUAAAUAA